AUGAGCGACAAGCCAAAUAAUGCAAUUGAUGCAUUGAAUAUAUGCAAUAACGACAUGUAUCCUGGUAUAUUCAAUUUGCUUCAAAUUCUAGCAACACUCCCUGUAUCGACUGCGUCAAAUGAAAGAACAUUUUCGAAAUUAAAGUUAAUAAAAACGUACUUACGUAAUACUAUUUCUGAAAAUAGACUUAAUGGAUUGGCUAUGAUGUCCAUUUAUAGAAAAGAUUCUCUCUUACCAAAAGACAUUUUAGAUGAACUUUGUAAAAAAAAAAGACGCUUAGAUUUUGUACUUUAA